UGAAACGGUUAAACUGAAGGCUACAUUGGAGAGCAAAACUACUGGAAAUCAAGUGUUAAAAAAUAUCACAAUGGUUUAAAUAAAAAAAAAGUAACCAGAUAUAUAGCCAAAUAAAUAAAUACAAAAAUCACAAAAGAUUGCAUAGAAUAAAACCAUGUCAACAACGAGUCAGAAGAAGGCUCAAGCCACCAAACCACAGCAGUGUCGCCGGCACAAUGGGGAGCCGAUAACUGUUUUCUCCGACAAGUUUGAGAAAUGUAUGUGCUUAAAAUGUGCUAUGGAACAGCAUGAUCUGUUGAGUGACUUUAUGCCAAUAUCAGAAGGGGUUGAGAGGAUGAAGUCCGUUGGAAAGGUUCUUCAAGACGAAAUAUCACUGAUGGUUGAAACUACAAAGACACUGAAGCGGGACAGAACAAAGUUUAUGGAAAAGAUACAUUCCUCUGAAAAGAAUAUAAGAGGCCAGAUAAGAAAAGUAAGGGAUAAGUUAAACAGACAUUUGGAUUUGAUAGAGCAAAAACUUACGAACAAACUAAAGCAGAUCGUAGAAAAGAGUGAAAGAGCUUUUUCGAAGGAUCAGCUGGACAUACAGCAUAUAGAAUCCGAUCUUCAAAAGAUGAAAGAUAAUCUCAAGGUCUGUUUAAAGACAGGCGGUGACACAGCUCUUAUAUCAGGGGUGGUUGCAGAGAAAACUGCAUUCCAGAAUAAGAAAUCAGAAGUCAUAGCCCAGCAAGAGAAACUGCCAACAAAGACACUGCAGUUUAGGAUCUCAAAUUCUAUUUUGGAUUUUACUGAAAAUGUCCAAGACUUCGGUGAAGUUUCAUUGCAGAUGCCUUUUGACGAGUACGACGAGAGUACCGACUCAUCACCUCUGCCAUUAACACAUAGAUCACAAGCCAACUCAUAUCACGGCGCUAUAACACCAUUAUCUUUCACACAACAUGACUCUCCAAGGAGUCUUGUGCAACGGUAUCCUGGCAACAGAGUAAAGAACAAAUAUGGGAUACAUGUAUCAAAUCCGUAUCAUCCAUUCAAUGCACAGUUCAAUAAAAAAUCUAACGGAGUCGUUUCGUACCGAAAUGAAUAUGGCGAUGAAUUUGCGAAUGCUGACGGUGACUUUGAAGGUGUUCGAGAUGAUCCAAUAAUUCUCAGCUCUGACCAUGAAGGCCCGUGCUAUCUUAGUGGCGUCGCAGCACUUACUAGUGGAAGAGUAGUUGUCUGCGAUUCAAAGCACAAGUGUGUGCAGCUAAUAAACAGGCGGAGCGAGGUUCUUGACCAGUUGGUAUUUCAUUACAAGCCAUGUGACGUUGCAGCAGUUUCAGAAAAUAGCGUUGUAGUGAGUUUUAUAGAGAAGGAUUUUAUUAGCGUAUACACGGCAUCUCAUCGUGCGCUCAGUCAUAAACGAGACGUAGGUGUAAGCGGAAGAGGUGGCAGCUAUAGCAUAGCUUUCAGCAAAAACAAGUUCGCUGUCUGUCGCCGCGGAGAGAUACGAAUUGUUUCCAGUGUUGACGGGUCUCUGAUUUCAAGGCUUCAGAUAGAAGCCCAUUUUCCACAAAUUGCCAUGUCUGACGGCGGAAGCAAGAUAUAUCUUUCAGACUUCGUUGGAGGGAAAGUAAGCUGCAUGAAUGAGCUGGGAAAGACAAAAUGGGAAUACAGUCAUGAUGAGUUAGAGCCCUAUAGCUUAGCUGUGGACCUAAACCAAUUGUUUAUCGCAGACAUCAAAGGCAAAAUUCUUAUAAUGUCGACCUAUGGAAUUUUAGUGCGAGAACUGCAAUGCUACGGCCGUUUACAUGCAGUUUGCGUCGACCCAAAUACCGGAACUCUAUUGGUAACACAAGAAAACAAUAAAGACAAAGUCAAAUCCAGAUCAAUCAAAAUAGUAACAAUUUAAUAGAAAAUAUUAAUGGACAGCUUAUGAAAACACUUAACGCAAUAUCUAUACAUUUUGCAAUAUCUUUCAUAUCACAAAAUAUAUUUUUAUGAAAUCUU